AUGUUGAACUUCUCGAGCUUCGUACAGAAGGCGCAGCAGUUGUUAGACCCGGUGCAGGGCUUGAACCUCUCCGAAUCCGACCGAAAUCCAUCCAAAGCAUCCCUGUUCCAAAGCCAGUUUCGGCUCCCGUCAUCUCAGCACCCUCUGUAUGAGAUCACGGCCGAGCUCACCAUCCCACCCGCGAAUGCGACACAAGGCGACCGAGACCGAGACCGGGGCCACCAAUAUGCCGGCAAGCUCCAUCUCUCCGAGGCCUUCCUCUCCUUCUCCACCACACCGUCUAGCUUCCUACAGUCAGCGACCACAACGACCUCUUCCAUAUUCACAGGGCAAACACACGGCGGGGGACCUGGCGGAAAUGGCUUCACAUUCCCCCUCUGUUCUAUCCGAAGGGUUGAGCGGUUACACAGUCAAAACUUCCAGUUUGCCCUCUCAAUAUCAACAUGGAAUGGUAUAAGCCAGGAUGCCGCCAAGGAGAAAGACAAGAAGGAGCUGAGGGAACAGCGCGUGACGCUGCAACUUGCCGGCACUCGACAAGCCUGCGAACGAUUCUGCGAUGGACUCAAGAAAGGUUUACGAUCAAAUGUCGGUAUGGUCGCCAAGCUGAAGAAGGUCACGGCCGAGUGCUACUCCGAAUACCUCCUCCGACCCGAAGACAAGAAGAACGCGCCACCGCCCGAUGCUGGCCUGGGCAUGCUCUUUAAAUACCCCGGCGAUCCCAAGAAGCUGCGCGAUAGGGCGAAGAUGAGGUUAUGGGCCGAGUACCUGAGGGACAACGGUCGGAACACGACCUUGAUCCGCCAGCCUACGUUUCACAAACUCAUCCGAGUCGGCUUGCCCAACAGGCUGAGGGGCGAGAUGUGGGAGCUGACGUCGGGUUCCAUCUACCUGAGGCUCGAAAGCCCGACCCUCUACGCCGACACCCUAUCUAAGUUUUCCGGCCAGGAGUCGCUGGCGAUCGACGAGAUUGAAAAAGAUCUAAACCGCAGCUUGCCCGAGUAUCCGGGCUUCCAGAGUGAAGAGGGCAUCGGCCGCCUCCGCCGGGUCCUCACUGCCUACAGCUGGGUGAACGCCGAUGUCGGUUACUGCCAGGCUAUGAACAUCGUCGUGGCCGCACUCCUCAUCUACAUGUCAGAGGCCCAGGCCUUUUUCCUCCUUUCGGCCUUGUGUGACCGGUUAGUACCAGGGUACUACUCGACAACUAUGUACGGCACACUGCUCGACCAAAAAGUGUUUGAAUCCCUGGUAGAGAAGACGAUGCCGAUUCUGUGGGAGCAUCUCGUUAAGAGCGAUGUCCAGCUGUCCGUCGUUUCACUCCCUUGGUUCUUAUCACUCUACAUCAACUCGAUGCCCCUGGUGUUCGCAUUCAGAGUCCUGGAUGUCUUCUUCGUCGAAGGCCCUAAAGUAUUAUUCCAAGUCGGUUUGGCCAUCCUCAGAAUAAACGGGGAGGAGUUGCUAGACGCAGCGGACGACGGCGCCUUCAUCUCGGUUCUCAAAUCCUAUUUUGCCCGCCUAGACGAGUCGGCGCACCCGAAGUCGGAGAACCCGAAGCUGAGGGCCGUUACCAAAUUCCAGGAGCUCAUGGUCGUCGCGUUUAAAGAGUUUGCUGGCAUUACCCACAGCAGCAUCACAGAACUUCGCCUGAAGAACAAGGAUGCCGUCCUGAGCAAUAUCGAGAACUUCGCCAAGCGCACAGCCAUUAGGAAUCUUGGGCCGGAUAGUAAACUGCUCAGCAACGAUGAACUCGGCGCACUGUAUGAUCGGUUCUACACAGUUUUGUACGAGAGGCAACAGCGCGACCACAUCAUUAAGCAGGAGCAGGCAAGGCGAUCCAAAAACAGCCGGUCACGGAUUGCCGAAGCGGCUAGCGAGGCCGACCAGAGCGUCGAGAAGGGGCGGGUUGGUUUGGGCCCGAGCACCAGCCUGAUGGACUAUGAUGCAUUCCGCGAAUUCCUCGCGGGCAUGUCCAAAUGGGCCAUUUCAGAUGCGCCCUCGACACCCCAACGGGACGCAUUCGCGGAAAAGGAUAAGGGCUUCUAUGGUAGCUUUAGACGGGCCGAUACGCUGCUGUCACCGUGGGGAGCUGGCCCAGAGCCGGCGGAACAUGAGUUCCUCCAAAGGUUGUUCCAGAAGUGGGAUACCGACUCGUCCUCGGCCCUCACUCUACAGAAGGUUGUGUCCGGCCUCGCACGCAUCAAGGGGAAACGUGACAUUAUGGGAGCCAUCAAUUACUUCUUCGAACUCCACGAUGAUAACGGCGAUGGCAAGGUGGACCGGGAAGGCAUAUUGCGCAUGUCGGAAGCUUUGCUGUUCCUUUCCCGUCGUGGGCUGGAGGGCACGUUGAGCCCGUCGAAUUCGAGCCUAACGCUAGCCGGAGAGAGCACGAAUGGUGCCCAGAGCGACGUUCAACCGGUGAGCGAGCGAUUUCUCGGCAGCGUCAGCGCGUUCAUAAGGAGAUGCUUUGAGUACGCCGACCCGGAUCACCCAAAGAACCAAGAUAGUUCGCUGCGGGAAGUCCAGGAAAAGCUUGAAUCGACACAGAUUAACGAGCCGGCGGGCGAAGAGCUAGCAAACCCCGACGCAUUCGCCAUCGGUGAUGACGACGAGGACGAGGACGAGGAUGAUGAAGACGAUCUCUUAGCGAUGGACUCACCAACCGGCAGCCCCAAAGCAGCAGCUAAGAAGUUUGGGAACUCACCACCUACGCUCCAGCUCAACUCGACGGAACUAACCCCCGGCGACGUCGACACCCGCCGCCGCGUCUCAAAAGCCCAAUCCGAAAAGGCCAACAUCGCACUCGACCCAUCCAACCCCCUACACAUCACCCUCCCCACCUUCCGCAUGGUAGUCCUCGCCGACGAACUCCUCGAACAAUUCUUCGAAACCUCCUUCCCCGCCUCCUUCCACAUCAUCGAAGGGCUAACAACCACGCCCACCAGCGCCUCGUCCCUGACCACCUUCUCCAGCCUGGGCAUGGGCGCCGGCCGCGCCGUCAACGCGGCGCUCGGCACCGGACAGGGCGGCGCGCCGGGGCCGGGGCCGGGGCCUGCGGGCGGCGCCGGCCGCGGCCUGCGCGGCGUGCUCGACAACAUUGUCACCGACGGCAUGCGCGUCGCCGCCGAGGUCCGCCGCCGCAUGGAGGAGGCCCAGAAGGAGCUCGAGAAGAAUGCCCUGCCGGACCAGCAGCUGCAGGGGCAGCAGCAACAGCGGGGCGGGAAUGAUGAGGAGGAGGACGAUGAGGAUGAGGAUGGCGGGUUUGAUCGGGCGUCGACUAGGAGUGGGAAGGGCGCCUCUGCGUACCAGGGCGAUGCGGAGCGCCGCAGUGUGCGGAGCUCGGAUAGGGAUCUGUUGAUGGGGGCUGAUGCGGAGGCUAGUGAUGGGGCGUUGGUGGCGGUUGGGGAGGGGGAUGGUGGUGUAGAGGGGGGCGGUGAGUCUGCGGCGGCCGGGAAUGGGGCGGGCUCCUCGUCGAGUGUGGGUGCGGGAGGGGGGACGGGCAAGGUUGUGGGGGUCGAAUUUGAUGGGUAG